UAGAUUUUACAUGCACAAACCGUCUCUUAUAGUCAUUGAUGUACGAAAAGUGACGAGUUUAAAAGUCAAAAUGUGCAGAGCCGUGUGCCUCCUCGCGCUCAUUGUUUUAAUCAGCCCAGCUGCUGAAGCGUUGGACAAUGGUCUGGCGCUGAAACCUACAAUGGGCUGGCUGCACUGGGAGAGAUUCAUGUGUAAUAUCAACUGUGACAAGGACCCCAAUAACUGCAUCAGUGAGCGUCUGUACAUGCAGAUGGCAGAUGUGAUGGUGAAGGAGGGCUGGAAAGAGGCCGGUUACGAGUAUGUCUGCAUCGAUGACUGCUGGCCCUCCCACCGACGUGAUGCCAAGGGCCGCCUGCAGGCAGACCCCAAAAGAUUCCCGGGGGGCAUCAAGAAACUGGCUGACUAUGUCCAUUCUAAGGGACUGAAGCUGGGUAUCUAUGCAGAUGUGGGGAAGAAUACCUGUGCUGGAUACCCUGGCAGUCUAGGUUACUAUGAGACAGAUGCUCAGACUUUUGCUGACUGGGAUGUGGAUCUUCUCAAAUUUGAUGGCUGCAACAUGGACUGGACUUUGCUGGGAGAAGGCUACGUGAACAUGUCAAAAGCACUGAACAAAACCGGAAGAAGUAUCCUGUACUCCUGUGAGUGGCCUUUGUAUGAGUGGCCUUUCCAAAAGCCCAACUACACAGCCAUCCGUGAGACGUGUAACCACUGGCGCAACUUCGCUGAUGUGUACGACUCAUGGAGCUCUGUCAAGUCCAUCUUGGACUGGACUGCUUCUCAUCAAGACAUUAUUGCCCCCUCGGCUGGCCCCGGGGGCUGGAACGACCCCGAUAUGCUCGUGAUUGGGAACUUUGGCCUCAGUCAUGACCAGCAGGAGUCUCAGAUGGCAUUAUGGGCCAUCAUGGCAGCCCCUCUGCUCGUGUCUAAUGAUCUGAGGGACAUCUGUCCUCGCUCCAAGGAGCUGCUGCAGAACAGACACAUCAUAGCCAUCAGCCAGGACGCACUGGGCAAGCAAGGAUACCGCACUGCCAAGGUGGACAGUUUUGAGGUGUGGGAGAGGCGUCUGUCUAAGAACCGACUGGCUAUCGCUGUGAUGAACAAACAAGAGAUCGGUGGUCCCCGAGGGUUUUACGUCGCCGCGGCUCCUGGCUGGAAGAUCUGUGACCCCGAGUGUAACGUCACACAGAUCCUACCCCAGUACAAAGAAAUGGGUGUUCAGACUCCACAUACCAAAAUGGUUGUGUCAGUCAACCCCUCAGGCACCACUCUACUGACUGUCACUCCCACAAGCAGCGACUUCACGGGGCUUUACAAGCUGCACUGGAACGACACAUCUGUGAAACGCAGGCAAAAUAUCAUUCUGUAGUCCUGGGGGGGUUAUGCAAAAUGUUUAAAUGUAUUUAAAGAAAUAUUUCAAUAUGUUUAUAUUUCUACAUCCUGUGUAUUAACACUUCCUGAUAGUGGCUAUGCUGAAUUUCUAUAAAAUAAUAUACAAU